AUCUGGCAACCCUUGGCGCACAGCAUCUCGCGCGUGUCCAGUGCGCACGCCUUAUACUGGGACGCCAGUGCAUUUCGGACACUGCCAUUGGAAAAGCAACCUUCGGUUACAAUUUAUUUAUUUCACAUUUAUUAUUACAAUUUGAAUUAUUCUUCAGGAUUCUUCCUCCUGGGGAAGUGGAUGUGUCGUCCGGCCGUGGUUUGUGUGGUGCUAGCCGCGUGGGCGUGCGUAUGUCCAGCGCCAGCAUCAUGCGGCGUUUAUUUAAAUUACAGACCUGUGAUUGGUGUUUUAGCCCAAGAAAACUUGGAAGGUGACCAUCAUGCAAAAGGAUCCUCCUAUAUUGCUGCUUCCUAUGUGAAGUAUUUGGAGUCAGCUGGUGCCAGGGUUGUACCUAUAAGGAUAAAUGAGACCGAAGAGGACUAUAGCAAACUUUUCUACUCAAUAAAUGGGUUGUUGCUGCCAGGAGGAGAUGUGGAUAUUCAGAAGUCCCAGUUUAGUAGAGUGGCCAAGAUUUUCUAUGAACUAGCAAUCAAGGCCAAUGAUGCCUCUGAUUAUUUUCCAAUAUGGGGAACCUGUCAAGGCUUCCAGCAGCUAACCGUCCUGACCAGCAACAAGAAUCUGCUGACGUUAACCAACACUAAAGCCGUGGCCCUGCCGCUAGUCUUUGCUCCGGGAGCACAGAAUAGCAGGCUGUUCAAAAGCUUCCCUAAAGACCUCCUUCAAUCACUUUCUUCUGAGAACAUCACAUCCAACUUCCACAGCUGGAGCAUGUCUGUACAGAAUUUCACCCGCAACGCCAAACUCAAGCGAUUCUACAAAAUCUUGACCACAAAUACAGAUGGCAGGAAGGAGUUCAUUUCUACCAUGGAAGCUUACCGAUACCCGUUCUAUGCCGUUCAGUGGCACCCCGAGAAAAGUCCAUUCGAAUGGAUAGACAAGCCAGGCAUGAUCCACUCCGUCUCAGCCGUAAGAGCCUCCUUCUACACGGCCAGCUUCUUCGUCUCUGAAGCUAUGAAAAGCCAGCACCGCUUUCCCACACCGAGCGACGAGGAGAAAGCUCUUAUUUACAAUGAUGUUCCUGUUUUCAAAGGCAUGAACAGCAUCUUCAUUCAGAACUACUACUUCGAUUAGACCUUUAAAUAGUCCAAGCCAGUAUUUGCUUUCUCUGACUUAUUGCCAGAGCAGCAGCAUGUUCACUGUAGCCAACGUUGAAUCCGUUAUAUUAUGUGUGAUCAUAUUUGACCGUGCCAUUUCAUUGUGAUUGUUUUAACAGAAACUGCCAACCUGCGAUGCUUGAAAUUUUGUGCGAUCUCUUGUGCACUUUUUUGUUUUUUGCUCGUUUUAGUGAUUUAGAGCAGGCAGUUGUUGCAUGUUUUAAGAUAAACCUCGUCGAAUGUAGCAGUGCUGUCCGACGUGAGUAGCUCAGCGACACUGUAUUAGGACCGAGGUCAUUCAGCCUGUGUACUCUUGUGAUCAAGACAAUCUUAACGUUAAGUUUGCUUUUAUUCUUGACUUGACUGCUGCCGAUGUUUCGUCAUUUAAUCAGUAGGUUUCACUGUACAUUUUAAAAUGCCCUGUAGAAUAAACCACAGCAUGAAAACUUUUCA